AGGAACGGCAACGACGUCAGAUUGAGUUAAAUAAUCAGGAGUCGAAUACAAAUUUCGAGGAAAUCUCAAACGAUAAGAAUUCAAAUGUUCAAAUUAAAGAUUCUAGCCUGUCAUUAUUAAUAAAUUCCGUAAAACGAAAGAGUGCAUUAGCUACCGAAAGCAAUCAAAAAGGAAAGCGUAGAAAAACCAAAUCUUAA